CCUUCCUUGUCUCGCAGAGAAAUGGUCGUCGUAGAAAACGAGCAGGUCCCCCUCCAUGCCCAGAUUGAAACUUUUUUUCUUUUCGAGUGGAUGCCCAGAUUGAAACUACUGUAGUAUGUCCACCUCCGUGACCGUGCGCCGCCCCUGCCUGCUCACCCUCGCCGCCAUCCUCGCCAUCCUCCUCAGCUUUCCGCCGGAGACGGCGCAAUAUGCCUAUGGUCCUCUCCUCAACUUUCCACCGCUAACGGCGCAAGUUUCGUAUGACCCUCCGUGGUCCGACGAGUUCUGGGCCAACGAGGCCGUCCUCGGCGCGGAGGCCGUCCUCGGCGCGGAGGCCGACGUCGCCGCCAGACGCGCGGAGGCCGGCGGCUACGCGUACGGCUGCGCCAGGCUAUGGCUCGCAUGGGGCUGCCCUCCCGCUCCCGGCGAGGGCGUCAACGGAACCCUUGUCCAUGGGAGGCGGUCCUACGAUCGGGAGCUGGAUCGCUUCGAGGAGGAGAGGCGGCAAUGCCGCGACGACCGCGUCCCUCGGAACCAUCCGGAGGAACACCUCUUCCGUCGCACCUACCCGGCGACUACUUUUGAUCUUCGCUGUUGUGCCUGUUGCUUUUCAUGUGGUCGGUACUACUGAGGGAGACUUCAAACGAGACAAACAACAAAUAGACAAUUUGCUUUCAUAUAUAGUAGCACUAGAUGGAAUUUUUUAUACGCUUCUAAUAAACCAUUGUUAUUUUCCAGAGUUUUUAAACUUGUAAACCUAAUUCUUCUUCUCAUCUCUUCUCUUAUAUCUUAUAAUAAAGGGAGGUGUGUUUCUCCCUUUUUUUUAUCUGUCCAAGCAUAUUUUUUGG